UUAGACGACGUCGGUGGUGCUGCAGGUGAUGACGUUUCGGACAGGGUGACGCGAUGCGUAGUGACGCUACCAGCGGCGAGUGCGGGCUGGGUUACCACGGCGAGCGGCGAGGACAUGGAACCGGUGUGGUGUUACAGGGUCCGGGUGUCAUGAGGGCGGAGUCAACAUAAAGAGAUGAUGAAUCAGUCCUCAUCCUUGUUGAACAACAUUUGGAAGAAGUAAUGAAUAACAAAGGCUUCUCUGGGUGAGAGGCUUCAAAGCUCAUCCACUUAAAGUGUGGCUUGGUAGCACCAACAAUGAUCCAACUGGCUGAAUCCUGAAAUGUGUGGCCAAACCAGGUUUUUGCUGUAGUGUGACAUGGAGGGUGCUACUGGUGUUGGAGGGACUUCAGAUGAUUUUGUAAGGUUGAAGAGAGCUUCAUCACUGCUGGAUGAGGAUGAUUACUUUCCAGAGCUGCUAACCCUCCCUCCUCGAGAUCGUCUUGAUUGGGAAGAGACCAUUAGUACUAUGGCGAGGAGCGCUGAUAUUCCUGAUCUCCCUGGAGAACUUCCACUCCGUCCCUGUGGAAGCACGGCCAGCAUGAAAGUAAAACAUGUUAAAAAGCUGGCAUUCACGAAAGGGCACUUUCCCAAGCUUGCCGAAUGUGCCCAUUUCCACUACGAAAAUGUUGACUUUGGCAGCAUACAACUGGUGCUGACAGAGGAACAGAGUGAUGUGAACAAGAAUGGUGCUGACACCAAAGACCUUGUGUUUCUUGUUCAGGUCUCCUGUCAGGGCAGGAGUUGGAUUGUGAAGCGGAGCUAUGAAGAUUUCCGGGUGCUGGAUAAACAUCUCCAUCUCUGUAUUUAUGACCGCCGAUUUUCCCAGCUGGUGGAGCUGCCCCGUACAGAUUCGCUGAAGGACAGUGCAGAGACAGUUACCCAAAUGCUGAUGGCGUAUCUUGCCAGGCUUACUGUCAUAGCUGAUAAUAAGAUCAACUGUGGGCCUGCUCUCACAUGGAUGGAGAUAGAUAACAAAGGGAACCAUCUACUGGUGCACGAAGAGUCCUCCAUUAAUGUUCCAGCCAUUGCCGCUGCACACGUGAUUAAGCGAUACAUCGCGCAGGCUGCAGAUGAGCUGUCCUUUGAGGUUGGGGAUAUUGUGUCUGUUAUUGACAUGCCUCCCAAGGAAGAUACCACAUGGUGGAGGGGAAAACAUGGGUUUCAGGUUGGAUUCUUUCCCAGUGAGUGUGUGGAGCUCAUUAAUGACAAAAUUCCUCAUUCUGUGACGAGCGUAAUGCCAAAGCCAGUUUCAAAAAAGCACGGCAAGCUCAUAACCUUCCUACGCACCUUCAUGAAGUCACGGCCAACCAAACAAAAGCUGAAGCAGCGAGGAAUCCUGAAGGAGCGUGUGUUUGGCUGUGACCUCGGCGAACACUUGCUAAACUCUGGCCAAGAUGUCCCCCAGGUACUCAAAAGCUGCACAGAUUUUAUUGAAAAAUAUGGAGUGGUGGAUGGCAUUUAUCGACUUUCAGGAAUUGCAUCCAAUAUUCAGAAGCUACGGCACGAAUUUGACUCUGAGCAGAUUCCCGAACUGACAAAGGAUCUCUACCUCCAGGAUAUCCAUUGUGUUGGGUCCCUGUGCAAACUCUACUUCAGAGAGCUACCUAACCCACUGCUGACCUACCAAUUAUAUGAGAAGUUUUCAGAUUCUGUAUCAGUGGCUUCUGAUGAGGAUCGCUUGGUUAAAAUUUAUGAUGUCAUCCAGCAGUUGCCCCCUCCUCAUUACAGGACUCUCGAAUUUCUGAUGAGGCAUUUGGCUCAAUUGGCAACCUACAGUUACAUCACUAACAUGCACACCAAGAACCUGGCUAUUGUCUGGGCUCCAAACCUUCUGAGGUCCCGGCAGAUCGAAUCGGCUUGCUUCAGUGGCACCGCUGCCUUCAUGGAGGUUCGGAUUCAGUCUGUGGUUGUCGAGUUCAUUCUCAAUCAUGUGGAUGUCCUUUUCAGCUCCAAGCUUAGCUCUGUAAUCCGGGAGGGAGCAGGACAUAUAUCUUUGUCUCGGCCCAAGUCCUUGCUGGUGUCAUCCCCUUCCACAAAACUGCUGACUUUGGAGGAAGCCCAGGCUCGAACUCAGGUACAAAUCAGCUCCCCUCUCACUUCAGACAGCAAGUACAUCGAGGUCGGUGAAGGGCCUGCAGCUUUACAGGGACGGUUCCAUACGGUCAUUGACUUCCCAAUUGACAGGAAAAGGACAACCAGCAAAUCGAAGAAGUCUCCUGUUGGCACUUGGCGCUCUUUCUUCAACCUAGGCAGAUCCUCGUCUGUGGUCAAACGGAAACUACACCGUAACCCCAGUGAACCAUCAGAGAUGAAAUCCAUGGUUUUGACAGGGAAGGGUGAUUCAGGAACACUUCGUUCUGCGAAAAGUGAAGAGUCUCUUUCAUCUCUGCACAAUGUGGAAGGAGAAUCCAAGUUGUACAGACCUAGAAGGCCUCGGUCCAGCAGUGAUGCCCUGUCUGUUUCCUUCAAUGUUGGUGGCCUUCCUAACCUCAACCACUGCAAUUCCUAUGACAACCUUCCCAAUGACGAGAGUGAAGGAGAGGAUGCCAUUCUUCAAGUGCCUGCACUGGUGUCUUCUAGUAUGGAUGAAGUGGAAUUGAGCCCACCAGAUAUGGGGGCAGCUGGGCUUGACUUUGACCCAAUGUCUUUUCAGUGUAGUCCACCGCGGGCACAACUCUUUGAGCUGGACAACAGUACAUCUCAGGUGGACUUCUCACCCACUGGCAAAGACAAUUUGAAUGGUAGUGUGAAGGAGUCAGAAUUUGGCAGUGUGUGCCUAACCCCUGGAAAUGCUACUAGUUCCGAACCAGCCUCUCACUCCCCAGAUAAAAUACUGAGCCCAUUCUUCUCACCAGAUCUGAGCCCCACUGACGAGAAACUAGUUAAACCGUCUUCUUUUGCGGAAAAGGUUGUUCAUGCCUUCUCCCCAAAAAUUGGACGCAAGUCACCCAAGUCUCCUAUGAUGACUAUUUCUGAACCGAUCACAAUCUCUGUUCCGACACGUGUAUCUGAAAUGAUUGGCAACAUGGCUGCUUUCUCAGGGGCUUCGUCUGUACCUUGCAGCAGCCCCACAGGCAGCAACAAUGUCAGCAAGUCACCUCCGCAGAUGAUGUCGAUGCUGCUGAAGACCAGUGAUGUACAGCUGCCUGAGGGCUGCCGCCAGGAGAUCCACAGCAAGCUUUCUGCUGCUGCACUAGGGUCAGAGGCUAAAGGUCACAAGUCUACACCUUCUACUCUCUUCCAAGCAAGUGUCAAAUGGCAAAGUGCAGACCAGCAUGAACUAACCAAUCAAAACAAAACUAAACAACUGAUUCAUUCACAGGCAAAAGGGCAGAGUUUGGAUCAGCAUGAAUCCAUCAAUCAAAGCAAGGCAGCGUCAUCAGCCCAUUCACAAAUGGAGGCAAAAGGACCAAGUCCAGAAUGGCAUGAACUAACCAUUCAGAACAAGACUACACCAUCUGCCCAAACACAAGCGACUCAAGUGGAAUCCCCUCAGGAGGCUCCAGCAGUUAGCUCUGUGCCUCUAAUUCCACCACCUCCACCUCCAAAGAGUGCUGCUCGUUUGCUGGCAUUGGCCCUGGCAGAAAGUGCCCAACAAGCUACUGCCCACUCUCAGAAGAAGCCUCAUGCAGGGGCUCAGGGCUCAGGGGACCAGCAUCUGCACACCACACCUUGGACAGAACUGUGUUCAGCACUUCCUACAGCCAGCCGUCAGACUACUGUACAGCCAAGUGUCGAACCGCAGCCAGCUACGGGCCAGGUUCCCCCAAGCACUGCGCCAGGACCCACAGCUUCAGGCCAGGUUCGAACAGCAGUGUCUCCAGGAGUUCCUGUCAAGCAAUCUGAACCACGUGAGCUCGAGCAGGCCGGGUCAGCUCUCGGCCCCGGUACUGGCUGUGUUAAUCGAGCUGCCACAGGCCUGGACAUUUACUGUGGACAUCAGGGGAAAGCAAGAGGCAAUGCCCAAGCACCAGUUACACACCCAAGAGCAGAGACUGCCCCUGUGGAUCACAGUGUCUACGGUGCCAGUCCACCAGUGCCUCCCCUCCGAUCAGUGGAAAGCAGGGUGCCACCUAAUCAUUCCGGGUCUGAGACCAUUACAGCUUCCAACUUCCAUUCGUUCCUGGCUUCAACGACGAUACCAUCAUCCAUUGAAGAUGCUUUACCCCAACCUCCUCCUCCCAAGCCACCUUUUCUGUGCCAGUCACAUCCUUAUCAUUCCAAGAUGGAAUCCUUACCAGAUAUGGAUAACCACUUCCACCAGAAGCAUGCUCAUUCCAUGAAGCCUGUCUUGUACCAGUGCCGGGCUGACAGUGUCCCUCAGCACUUAUCCUGUCCAUCCAGGUCAGAGAGCACUCCACAACAUCUGCACUAUGGUUCCCGGCCUGAAAACAUUCCCGCAGCCGCAUCUCGUUUCAACAAUUUUACCAGCCAGCCCAAAGCGGUCUCCGUUCACCUUCCCAAACCUCGGCUGUCCCGGUCAGAUUACGUCCCGGUGGGGAAUCCAGUCAUGCGACCGUUUGUGUGCCCACAUUCCCAGUUUGAGGAGCCUGUAUACCCAGCGAUAAGGCGGGUGCACUCUCUGCAUGUGCCAUCAUCUUCCAUCAGGUCGGUUCCCAUUUCAAGAACUGAGGUGCCUCCAGAUGAUGAGCUCUACUAUUAUCAGAGACCGAUCUACCAGUACAAGCCCUGCCAGGCUCCACCACUUCAGUCAGAUUACCAUGUCACUCAGCUGCAGCCAUACUUUGAAAAUGGUCGAGUCCAGUACAGGUACAGCCCUUACUCCACCUCUGGACUUAACCUGCACGGGACUGACUGUAUGAUUUAUGAUCUUGCCGAUUCCUACGGUUCAGUAAGGCUAAGGCAUUUCCAUUCUUUCACAAGCCGAGAUAUCCCACCCUACGUGGGUAGAUUUCAGGGUAAAGUCUUCCCAUAUCCCAAUGCACCUCCAUAUCCACGCAGCGCUGCGCAUGCCAAUGCAAUGAGUAGGGAGCACAGUUUUGUGAGUCGAGAUGUGCCACCAUCUCCAGAUGUGAAGCUGGCGCACAUGAUGUGGGACCCAGAGGAAAUUGAGAAGUCCCGCUUCCAGUCCAUUCGCCGAGAGGUCCGCAGCCGCCAGAAGACCAAGGGGUUAGUAAUGUCGCAGUAUGACAAUGUGUCCCCCAACUUGCAGGAAGAAUUUGGUGGCCUAGAGAUCAGCCACUCCAGAAGUAAGUCAGAUCCUGGGAAAACUGGCAUGGUGGUGAGUGAGGGAAAAGAGAGAUGGCAUCCUGCCACCUCAAAGAGCUCAGACAUUGAUCCACAGUAUGUCCGUCAGUCACCAGACUGUGAGCUGGACAGUGGAGCGUACCUUGAGCCAAUGACUCCUCACCACCAACCCUUUGGAAACGGGCAACUUGAAAAGCCAGCACUUCCUCAAAAACAGAACCCCAACAGGACCAGAAGGCCACAGGAACCUGCCUAUGAACAAACACAAUAUGAUUCCUGUCAAAGGUCCUCUACAGAUUCCAAAGGGGGGCAGACGUACAACACACACUCUGCAGGUUAUGGCUUGAAACAUAGACCAGAUCACCCAGAAUCGCGAACAUAUCCAUCCGCAACUGGUAAAUACAUGCUUGCUUCUCAUGAGCCUUUACAGACUUAUGAAGAUUCCUUUCGGACAGCAAUUGACAGGCCAGAUUUAGAGAGAGCAAAAGUGAGAGGAGCUGGAGGGGAGCACCCUACCAGAGACUGUUACACCAAGGAGGGCGAGGAGCUUGUCAAGCCAUUGUUAUCGAGCCAAGCUGAGAGGAGUUAUGGCACCAAAUUCCAGCAGCAUCCCGAACCACUGGGAAGGGAACAGUCGCUGUCGUACCCAUACCCCUGCCUUGGCCACCCGAGCAGUAAGCGGCACAGUACACUGACGGUGAUGUCUCAGUAUGAUAACUUGGAUGACUGUCACACUCUGGCUCAGCAGCAGAAACGAGGGCUGGGAGGAAGUGCCCCAUAUGUACCUCCGAGCUACAGUCAACCCCCAGGCAGGACAUUUAGCACUGCUUUGGGCCAGGGAAGCUUCAUAUCUACAGAGCUGGCAAUGCAGAGGGCUGAGACAGAAGUACACGUGGAAUGAGCAGAAGUUUUACUCUGUACAGUCUCUGCUGGGCAGUGGACUGUUUUAUUUUUCAAAAGAUAACCCGAGUACUGUUUUUAAAUGCAUAGUAUGUGGAAUGUUGGGCCUUCUGUGUUGUGUAUUUUGAGCACAUAUAUGAAAUGUGAGACUGCAUUUUGUGCCCUCGGUGAAUGACUCUCAGCUUAGUGUUUACGAUUGUCAAGAUUCUGCACGAGGCUCAACACUUAAAGGGGAUUAUCUUCCUAAAUUCCUUCUAACAAGAACAGUUACUGUUCCGUAGAGCUGCUGGGGAGAAGUUGUUAAUUCUCUCUGCCUUGAUCAAAUCCCCACCUCCCACACACUGGCUCUCAUUUUCUGCUGCAGGGCUGGCUCUGUCUUAGUCAACCCUCAACUCACAUACAGGUGCGUAAACACGCGCACGUGCACGCACAUGCAGGCACAGACACACACACACACCCCUCCUGUUAUAACUGUCUCUGUCUACACCCAAUCACCUUUCAACUACAUGCUCCGGUUGAAUAAAUAAUUACGUAUGUUCCGAUAGACUUCCUCUCUGGUAGUAAACAGUCUCAGAAGGCUGGUCCUUUUCUA